CAAUCCGCCGCCCCCCACGAUCGAGCGAAUGAGAGACGUUUAUGCGCGACGAAACAAGAGACCAACCUAGCUAGCAGUUGUCCACUUUUUUCCGUCGUCUUCCACCUCACCAAAGUUACAAGCAUGAGCGAUCAACAGCAAGAUACCGGUGGUGAUGACUUGUCGGGGCUAAGCGGAUUCUUCUUUUACGUCUUUAUCGUCCACCCGAUCACCGCAUGGAUUUUGCGCCCUGGUCGGUUCGAACGACGAAAGAGCAUCAUGUAUGCGAUUGCUUUUCUCGCUGGUCUUGCAGCAAUCAAAACUGGUCUCGAACUGCAACAAAGAGGGCACAACUACUACACACAAUUAGGUGUAACCCGAGCCUCUAGUCCGCUAGAAAUCAAGCGGGCAUACAAAAAGCUCAGUCUACUACUUCAUCCAGACAAGAACAAAAGUCCAGACGCCUCUCAUCAGUUUGACGCCCUAAAACAAGCGUACGACGUGCUCAUGGACAUGGAGUUCCGUGAAGUUUACAACAAAUUCGGAAGGGACGGAAUCAAGAACAACAAGCGCUAUGACGAAACGCAGUUUCUGCUAGAGGCUGCUAUAUAUUACGUGUCGUACGGUAUGAUGGCGUUUAUGUUGACGUUGGGCAAAAAGAGUGGUGAAGCUCGCAAUUGGAUUUUUACCGGCCUACUCGCAAUGUUGGUGGUGGAAGUGGCGAUCAUGACCUCUCAGACCAAUCCUAUUCCAGACUGGUUGUUUCCCAGAUUGACGGAGGCGGAGGUAAUCUGGUUGCUCCACUCUCUAUUCCCGGCCUUUAUGAACGGUUGUCGGUCGCUUGGUGCCUACCUCUACGUCGAUCUAGAUGGACAAACACGACAACUGCUUCUCGCAUUACAAGAGCAAAACAAGGAUGUACUCAUGGUACUGCGUGAUGUCCAGAUUGGGGUACAAACUAUUCAGGCACAUGGUAGUGGCAAUGCACCCCGAUUGGCCGGUACCGAUGCCUCCCCAUUGGUCGGCGUCAGCGCACCCAGAGCAACACCUACUGGAAAGCUCAAGGAAUUGCAAGAGAGGCUACAGAACUCGGACAAGAACGUUGCACAGGCAGUGCAGCAGCUAAAGUCGGAUGGUAGCGGAAAAUCUUCUAAUAUGGGGUUCUACCUGAUGAUUCUCGGUUACAU